GCCGGUCACACGGAUGCCUUUUGGUUUAAUUCAGCACCAGAUUCAGUUCUUCUGUGCUAGUGAUAUUAGACAGAUUUCCAUACCAGAUGAUUAUUUUCAGUGGUUGGAAACCUUAGAUGCAGAAUUUGAAGACUAACUAGGAAGAAUUUUGCGAGGUCCAAUGUGGAGUGGUCAACCUGCCAACUGUAUUGGGAAACCUUUAGAGGCUAGAGUGAACUUAGCAGCUGUCAGCAGGUCCACACUUCACAGAAGAACAUCAGCUUCUGCUUUUACAGACUCUCCAGCUAUUCAGAUCCCAGCCAUUAAACUUUUGACAGAGGUAAAUCCAGAAGGGCAGUACUGGUUAAAACUGGACGGAACUGAUCUGAAAGACUCACUUCAACACUCUGUGAAAGAUGUUUGGAAUGGUGAUGUCAAUUUGAAUGAUGGUAAACUUGAUACUUUACGAGAACAGUAUGAAAGCAGACUUAAUUGGAUGAAUUCAAUACACACUUUGAAUAAUGCUAAUUUAGAAACUGGUGUUCAACAGCUGAAAAUUGAAUUAGAAUAUGAUUGCCAAUUUUUAGAAAAAGGUUUCCAAUCAGCUUGUAAUACUCUUCAAACAAAAGUGAAAGUGAAAACAACAAAUGCAGAAACUCUUAAAAGUUUGAAUUGGGAGGUUGUGGAGUUUAAUCAACUUUUACAAGAUUGCACUGAAUACCAAAGGAAACUACAGAAUUGUUCAAUGUACAUAGAUCUCCUGAAAUCCAUGAAGAAUGACUUCCUUACCUACUUGAAAAACUUGUUCAAAAAGAAGAGAACAGCAGCAAGUCAUGUAUUAGUAAUUGCAAUUUCAGAUGAAAAAAGAAGUAAAAAGCCAUACACACUUCCUAUUCAGUAUAUCCCUUACAAGUCACUAAGAGAUCAGCAAGUCAGGGAUUUAACAACUCCUAUAAAGAAAGCGAUGGCAGAAGCUGGAUUGAAAGUAGUUGGUACAGUAACAGAUGGUGAAUUCAACUCACUUAGGUCACAGGGAGACACUGGACCCCUUCACAUAUGGCAACUUAUCCAUGAUUCCAGAGAGGCAGUGAGGAAGAUGUCAAAGUUAACAUUGAUUUCCAUGCUUACCUAUGUUGGAGAAGAUGAAAAUGGUAACCCAUUUGCGGAGAGAUCUAAUGAUGCUAUACCCGGAGAUGUAAUUGUUGAUAUAAAAAAAAUGAAGGAUGAAGGAUUGUCCUUUCAAGACAGCAUUGUCAAUUUUAGGAGAAGACUUAUUCCAGAUGGUUAUGAACCAUAUCCAUUCCGAAAAGACACACCAGAGUCGUAUCUAGACAUGCUUCGUACUGUUGUUGCCACAUAUAUAUACAGAGACAUCGUUCUAAAAUUGAAACAGGAGGGCAGAGACUUCACAUGUUAUUUGUAUGUUCCAGAAGUUGAUCCAGCAACUAAAACCAUACACUAUGAAAGAGGUGACCAUAAUCAUAUUCUGAAGAGAAUGGCAACCUCAACUAGAGAAUGUAAAAAUGUGUCACUGAACCCUGAAGCCUUUGACAAGGCGAUGAUGGACAAUAACACAGGGCUCACCCACGCAGCCCUUACUGGUCAAAGACCACAGUCCGUUGAGGAUGCAGAAAAACUAUUGUCAUAUCAGGUUGCCCUUAGCAUGGAACAAAAUAAUUUUGAAUCAGAAGCAGAAUAUGUUAGAACUAUCGCUGGAUGGCACGAGUCAUCAGAUGGACGUGGAUUAACUCAAUUACAGAGAUCCAAGUUUAAUUACCAGAUGUUAAACUACAUCUUAGAUGACUUCAUGCCAUGGCACAGAGAGAUUUAUAAUUUCUUAUAUAUAGAUAUCAACAGACCAAUGGAAAACCUUAGAGGAUUCACACGUGAAACAUUCAUUGAUAUAACAGCCAAUAUCGAAAGUCAAGAACAUCGCCGUAGACAAAAUAAUCUAAUGAAUUAUCCUGAACACCCGAGGGCAUCCACCACAGAUGAUGUUGAAUGUUUUUUCAGCAUGACACGCAGGCAGUUAGGAGACACAUUCACCUUAAAAGAAUUUAAAUCAGGAUGGCGGAAAAUUGUUCGUGAAUUUUGCAAGCGCCUUGAUCCUAAUAUUCCUUUUUAUUACUGGACUCAAAAUGAAAGGUUCAAAUUAGAACAUGCAUCUUUUGAUAAAGACAAUGGUCAAGAUAAACGACUUCAUGUUGUUCGCCAUAACCAGAGAGAGGACAUCAAUAUAUUCACUGCAGGCAGAAGCUUUCUUCCUGCACGUAAUAAGCCAAGCAUAAGACAGAGACUGUUUCGUUUGGAUGUUGGACUACCGCCUGUACCAGAAAACCUGCAGCAUUUACAUUUACAAUAGAUGUAAAUGUAUAUAUAGACAUACUUCAUAUUUGUUCCAGGUCCCCAACAAUUCAUCUAUCUUGACUGUGGUCUUUAUCAGUAACUUAAUUGUUUGUGAUUUUAUUGGAAAUAAUGUAUACAUGUAUGUUUUCAAUUCAAGAAUAGUUACAUGGUCUUAUUUUUAUAUUGAUGCAUUAGUUAUGAACAGAUGAAAAUGUAUCAUCCCUUUUAUGUUUAAAAAAGUUAUUAUUCAUGAAAAUGUUAUCCUUUGGUUGAACAAUGUCUUCCAGCAGUGAGUUUUAUGUUAUAUACAUGUAUGUUCUCCAUAUUUGUUAAAUGAUAGCUGGCUAUUUGUAGUGUCUGUUUAAUUUUAUAGCUGAGAAAAUACAC